UGUCACUGGGCGCUACCCGUCGGUAGUAUGUGUAAUAGAAAUAACAACUCGGUCUCAGCGGCGUGACAAGGCGGUUGGCUGUCCCUGUAGGGGAGGUUUUUGGGCAGGGAUGGGGCACAGCGUCCUGGUGCCACUAACCUUGCUCCAUCUUUCGCUUGGUGAAGGCUCAAGUGGUCAUGGUGUUCUCUAGCAAUAAUCCAUGGGAUGCAAAGCUUGAGAUCAUUUUGAGGUAGGUGCCUGUAGGCUGAAGCUGAUGCUGAAGACUUUAAUUCCUGCCUGUUUUGCUGAGCAGGCAGGCCUGGGCAGCUUCUCCUGAAACUGGAUUCUCUUGUCUGAAGAAAUGAGUGACUGGUCAUCUUUGAAGAAACUAUAAGCUGUAUUUCCAUGACAAGAAACUAGUCUAGAUGCAGUAAGUUGGAAGAAAUGGAAGAAAGGAAAAUCAAGAGGAGGAGCCCGAAGUCGUCGACCAGUCACCCUGCUCAGGUUGCUAACUCCAAGAAAAGCUCAGUGCCGGUCAGUAAAAGUACAGCCUUUUCAAAUCCUGCACCGCAGCCUGCAGUACAAAAACCAAAGUUAAAACGUGUAAUAAAAGAGAAAGCCAAACCGCCAGGAGGCGAAGCAAAAGGGGCAGAGGCAGCACCAAUCCAGCAUUCUUUUCUCACAGAUGUAUCAGAUGUUCAGGAAAUGGAAAGGGGACUUCUGAGUCUCCUGAAUGACUUCCACUCUGGCAAACUUCAAGCAUUUGGAAACGAAUGUUCCAUAGAGCAGAUGGAGCAUGUACGGAGUAUGCAGGAGAAACUUGCUCGUCUUAACCUGGAGCUCUAUGGGGAGCUGGAAGAACUCCCUGAAGAUAAAAGAAAACUAGCCAGUGACUCCAACCUCGAUAGGCUGCUGUCAGAUCUAGAAGAACUAAAUUCAUCUAUCCAAAAACUACAUUUAGCAGAUGCUCAAGAUAUUCCAAAUAGUGCCACAGGUUGAAAGAACAGCUUUUUCAGUUUGGAUUCUCCCAGAAGCUUUUAUUUUGUUUUUCCUGACAGUGGAAUCUGGAACAGUUGUGGGGUUUGGUGGUAGGUUUUUUUGUUUUACACAAACAACAAGAAACCCCAACCACCCCACACAAUGAAGAAUCAAAAGUGCAAAUCCAGGUGUUUAUUUUUGCAUAUUUCUGAGCACUGCAUUAUGUCAGGACUCAGUAUCUAGAGUUCUAAGUAGAUUGUUAUGAUGGUAUGCUUUUUAUUAUUGCCUUAUUUAAUAGAAAAAUUGGGGAAACUUGGAAGUACGCUUCUGCUCAGUGUUGUUCAUAUGGGUGAAAAUGAUAUGUAUAUAAGUUAAUUAGCAUUUUUCCAGUUUUUAUCAAGGUAGCAAUGAUGAUGAUGCCUUUCUGAUCAGUAUGUAGACAAUCUGCACACUAAAUCUUUAGUGUUUUGUUGAUCAGCAAUGACACAGAUUAAUUUAUUGUUAAUAAAUUAAAACUUUUUAAAUAUUUUGUUUAGAGAUACUGCUGUCUGUUCAGCUGUGUUAAGAUAAGAGUUCUUGCAUGGCCUGAAUGUUUGCAGUUUACUUUUCAUUACUGUGAAUAAUUAUAAAAUGUCACUAAAUGAGAACUAGCAUGCAUACUAUCAGUCACAUACUGUGAAAUUCUAAAGUUGGGUAAAUCUGUUACUGUUCAAUAAAUCCAAUAUAUGCAAUUUUGUAGUAAUUCCUGUGUUACAAAAAGUCUGGUAUUAAUUGGUAUCGUCUUUGUGUCCACAGUCAGAGAAAAAAAUUCUUUAGUGUAAAAUCAGGCUAGUUUUAAAUCCAAAAUGUCUAUCCUAGUCCACCAAACUAUGCCUUUGAUUCUAGAUUUUUUUUUUAUAUUGAGGUUUUAGGUAGUAUGUUAAGUUUCUAUAUACUUACUACACAAGGAAUGAAAUCUUUAUUCUUCUAUUUGAGAGGUAAACUUUCAUUGGGCACGUGACCAGGGAACAAAAGAUAGCCUCUUGUUUGGCAUCUUUGGAGAAGAUGUGUCUUCAGCUGCAAGAUGUAGUUGUGGAUUCCAUUGGCUCCAGAUCUUUUCUGAAUCCCACAGUGUGCUCUGGCUACAAACUUCGGUGAGGCAGGGAAUAACAAAUGUUUGAGGCUAUCGGGCAAGUCUCUGAUUAACAAACCAGUAGGGAUCUCAGUUGGGCUUUUCCUUUAGGAUGCUGUUGUUCUUUACAGGAUUUAUUUCCCUUAUUGUUGAGAUUCUCUAGGAGUUUUCCAUGCUUGUAAAAGUACCUCAAAGUCCCAGGCUGCUGCUAGGUGUGUACCCAUGAUAAUGUGAAAUCCAAAGUUUGCUUAGGAGAACUAGAAUACAACAUGCUCCUCAAAAUGAAGCCAAGGUUGUUGGUUUUUUUCCCCUGCUCUAACAAAUAAUUGGGCAGUUAACCUUUUCUGCACAGUCACUUCUCACUGUAGACACUAUGGCCUCCUUUCUGUGCAGACUUAUGAACAUCAAGUGAAAAAGUGGCCUGGUUUAGCCUCAUGCCUCAAGAUGUGUAAAGGUGUGAGGGUAGUUACAAUGGCAAAAGUCACUAGCAGAGCUCAUUUAUACAAGCAAAGUCACAUUCUUGCAGGUCAUUUUGAUUCAGGAGAGCUAUACUCUCACUAGCAUCUUAGUGCCAGUGUUGUAAUACAUGCUGUUCUCAAAACAUACUUUUAACCAGUAGUUUUCGUAGUUUAAAUGUUCUAUGAAAGAGGUAAUCUUUUGCCGUGGGCUCUGUCAUCUAACUCUUGAGAUUUAUGACUUAAAACACACUUCAAAUAACUUACAAACCUGUUGUCUGUGGGAUAUCUUCAUCUCUAAAUUUCAGUAGUAACUUAUGCAAGUAUGUAACAAAGGUAUAAUUUGAGAUACAGACAUAAAUAAAUUUCUCAAGCAUCUGUUUAGAAUUUUACAAGAAUUAGCACCUAUUUCUUCAACCACCAUAAGCCCAUGGGUAAUCGCAAGUCCCAAGGAAUGCAUUAACUGCAGAUAAUUAGGAAAUUAAAAUUCUCUUGUCUCCUCCUGGAUUCAAAUUUGCAUUUUCUACACAAUUCAUUAAUGAUGUAUGCUUAUUAUCUUUUGGAUCCACGCAUAAAAGUUUUGUAACAAGAUCUCUGAGAGACUGAGCUUUUCUAUGUAGUAAUAAUCUAAUUGCAUUUCUAGGCUCUUGCAGGAAAAGAAAAAUAUCUACUGUAAUAUAUUUGUGGACAGGCUUUUGCACUUACAUACUUUCAUAAGUGGCUGCAGAAAAUGAACUCCUUUUCUGUUACCUUGUUUCCUGAAGAGUUGUUUAUGGAGAUGAAAGUGUAUUAACAUUGAGUGUUUCCCAGCCUGAACUCACACUGAUAAAAGGAUAUGGUGUUUGAAAGAAGAUGCUCUUUCCUGCAUCACUGAUCUAGAUUAUCUCACUCCAAGAAUCAUCUGUGUAACCUCGGUGAACUAAAAAAGAAAAUAAAAAUCAGGAAGAAAAGCUAACAGGAAAAUAUCCAAGAAAAGAGGAUUCCGAAGAGAUGAGAGUCAGUGGUAUUACCUGCCUCUUUCUUCAAAAACAGCAAGACAAGUGAUUAAGGCAGGCAUCUUUUGUUCAGAAAAUAUACUGAACUCUGAAAAUAAGUUUCAACAUAAAUAGGUAAGGACUGAUUUAUUUUUUUCCCCAGUAAGUUUAUUAAAGUGGCCAAUUUAUACAAAUGGUAACACACCCAUGCUGAGUUGUGUCUUGAAAUUCUCAUUUGUGUAAAGGAAGAUAAAUAUAUUUAUCAAGGUCUACUGACCCAA